AUUAGCAGAGGCCGUAUUUCCGGUAAUUUGUAAACACGCACGUUUUAGUGAAAUAAGCGAAUCCCGGAGACUUUGCAGGUUCAAAACAAAAUACAGGGCAAUGGAACUUUUAAAAAACAUACCUAAAGGGAAACCGAAAUCUGGUCGGGUUUGGAAAUCUGAGAAAAGCAGGUUCUCAGAGAAGCGGUUAGACAAGACACUAAAAACCAGUUGGGCCAAGAAAAUGCAGUUAAAGGCCGAGAAGAAGUCAAUCAAAUCAUUUGAAAAGCAACUUAAAGAAGACAGAAAUAGGCAGUUAGAGGAGAAGCGCAAGAGGCAAGAAGAAAACAAGAAGAGACGGUUAGAAAAUGAACGGAAAAAUGAAGUUGUGCAGCCAAUCAAGAAUACAGCAAAAAUAAAGAGAAUGAAAAAGAAGCAGCUGAGACAAGUUCAGAAGAGAUGAUGAAAAGACUUGUGAUAUAUUUUUUGUUAAAUAGGGAGGAAUUAAAAACAUUCAUUUGAGGGAAAAGGAUUCAACACAGCAAUAUGCUCUUAACAGAGUUAAAAUGAACUAAUCACAGCUAUUCAAGUUGGUUGAUAGCAGUCUCCUAGCUACUCUGUACACUACAGUAUGAGACCUCUGCUGUCAUGAACAAUUUAGAAGAAUUUUAAGGAAUCAGUACUUUCAUUGUUUGAUUUUAGAUUUUGAAAUUGUUUUGUAAAUUUGCUAUAGAAAUAAGGCUGAAGUAGGAUAUAGGCUGAAAAGUGAAAUGAAAAUAAUAUUUGAAUUUCUUUGCAAUCAUGGGACUAUCAUCAUCAUGUGAUAUUUGACAGAAGUGGUUAAGGUCUAGCUUCAGGACUUAACGGCAAUGGGAAGUUAGAAAGUGUUCACGUCUCACAUUGUUCUUUAUUUUGCUUUUGAAACAUGCUGAAUAUAGUCAUGUGAAGAUUACAUUUUGAAUGUUACUGGGUCACUUUAUAUAAUAGUUUACAAAAAUGUUCCAGAUAAGUAACAAAAGCCGUACGUGAGGUCAGAAUAAAAGUGCAACCUGCUGGACAGAUAUUCAAAUUAAUAUUAAAUACCGGUAUUGUCGAAGCUAGAAAUCAAGAGGAAUUUAGUAAACACAGCUUAAUCAGGGUCUAAGAACAGUAGAACUUGCAAAUCUGUCAAGAUUUAUGUACCCAGCUGAAAGUUACGUAAGAUAUAUAGCCAGAAAAUUAAUGCUUUAUUUUUAUCUUUCUGUUCAAAAACCCAAAUAAUUAUGAUUAUGAAUAACGUGUCAGACUAGUUUUUUCUGCACAUCAAUUCAUUGCCGGUUUUAUCAUGUUUAAUAUAUGUUUUGUUCCAAAAUGUUUACAAUGUUACUGCUAUAUAAAAACUGUUAAAACGAAUAA